UGUCUACACUGUGUUUGGGAUGUCUACAGAUCUCUGUUGAUGCAAUAUACAUAAAACAAUGAUGUGAUAUAGUCAUGGCAGCCCCUAGUGAGUGUGAUUAUACUUCUAGCGAGGACAGCGCUUCAGAUGUGUGUUCAUCUAGUUCUUGCAGUUGUGACUCGGGUUCCUGCUGCUCUUCUGAGUCGGCGGAUGAAUGUUCCUCUUGUAGUUGCUCUCCGCGUAGUGCCGGUAGUAAUGACGAGCACUACCAGGAUGAUUUAGAUCAGCUCAAGACGUUUAUCGCAGAUGUAGCUUCUUUAAUUAGACAGUCUAGGAACACGGAGGAUGUUCCCGUUACUACUAAUGUAGAGGUCCAGGUAUCGGAUGAGAAGCCCAUUGAGACCCCUGUGGAGCAGCCGGUAGCUGCACCGUUCAACAAGGAUUUGGACAAUGAGAUCGCUAACUUUGAGCAGCUCAUCAACAGCACAGAGAUUAAACUCAAUGGCCAUUCAGGUUUUUGCGAGUUUGAGGCUCAGGAAUCUCCAUACGCAACUACUGUUGCCGAUACCCCUGUGGGAUAUUGCUUUACAAAUGACGACACUGCGCGCGAGGAGAUGCCAGAGGAGAGUUGUAGUGAAUCUGAGGAUGAGGCAGAGCCCGAUUUAGACAAGUUGCACUCUCGCUUGGUAGCUUUAGACUUGCACUCAUACAUGGGCCUUGUUGAGUCUGUGCUUGACAAGCGCGUUAAGCUUGACCUGCUUUAAUAU